AGCAAACGCGGGACACCCUGUUACUCAUAAGAAACUGCGAGACCAUAACAAACGCAAUUUUUAUUUAUUUUACGCAAUAUUUUUUGGGAAAAAAAGUAUCAAAAGCGAAUUAUUCGGUAGUUUAAUUGACUUUGUUGCCCCUUGAGUCGAUGGGACAAUAAAUAAAAAUGUACACUAAUGAAUUGCCGUACGAAAUAAAUAGGGAGUUAUGCAGACUCCUGGAUUUCGAAAAUUCGUGGAAGGACCUUGCAGGAAUUUGGAUGGAGUAUUCUCCUUUUGAAAUUACGUACAUGGAACAAACAGCACAUGGACAAGAGCGAUCACCAUCAGAAUAUUUAUUACAAAAAUGGGGACAAGGUGUACAUAAAGUAGAAGAACUUUUUCUUUAUUUGUACAAAAUGCAAUACCUGGAUGCUCUCGUGUGCCUAAAACCUGUCGUGAGGAAAGACUUGCACAGAAAAAUUAUUAAACUAAAAAAAAGUUUAAAUGCAAUGGAAAAAGAAAAAGAAAAUGAAAUGGAUAAGGGCUCAGAACAGACAAAUGGCAGUAUUAACUCAAUUCCUUGGAUUGUAAAGCAAAUAGAAAGGGGUGAGAAGCUGCCCAAUACAUCGUCUUUACAAAAUUUUUCGUCUAUGAAUAAUGACUCCAUGAACUUUAAUGAGAUAGCAUCAGUAACAUAUGGCAUAUCAACAGGGGAGAUCACGACUAGACAAGUGUUCGCUAUUCCUAAGAUCAGCUAUAAGGAACUGGAGGAGGCGACCGACAACUGGUCUGAAGACAAUCUAUUGGGAUCUGGUGGCUUUGGACAGGUGUUCAAAGGCGAGUGGAAGCACUUGACGGUGGCAGUGAAGCGUCUUCGCAACGAUCGUAACAGGGAACUGCUUCACGAGAUGACCCUCAAUAAGGCCCGACACGACAACAUACUGCCGCUCUACGGGUACUCGCUCGGAGAUUCAGAAGAAUGUGUUUUAGUAUGCCAGUUCAUGCCAGGAGGAUCGUUGCUACAACGAUUAAAAGGCAGGACUCACCCACCGCUCACUUGGUUGCAGCGAUAUAACAUAAUGCAUGGAGUUGCUCGAGGACUUUUGUACCUGCAUACAAUGCGAGAACCGCUCAUCCAUGGUGAUAUAAAGCCAGCCAAUAUCUUAUUGGAUGGAAACCUAACACCAAAGAUUGGGGACUUCGGUGCAGCUACUGUCUAUAGUAAUAAAUCGAACAAUGGAAAUGUACCAAAGAGCAAAAAACUAAACGGUUCAUGGCCGUACCUUCCUGGCGAGUACCUUCGCGAUCGUAAACCCACCCCAGCGGUCGAUGUGUUCAGUUUCGGCGUGGUGAUCUUAGAGGUCGCCACUGCACUACGCGUGAUCGACGAGACAAGGCCCCAACAACUGCUUUUAGCACACAUAAAGGAAUUGCUGAAGAAAGAUGUUGAUAUGGCGACCCUAGAAGACCCGGUGUUGCGCGGUUCUAUGCACACGAGCCCUGCAAUGUGCCGCGCCUUCAUCAACUUCGGCCUGCACUGCACCAAGACUUACAAACUACGACCCACCAUGCUCGAUGUGUUUAAAGAACUUAAUGAAAUGGAAAUACCUGUUAAUGACUAAAAAUGCUUCAAUUCAUAAAUAAAGUCUGAAUUCUUCGA